GAGGUGGAUCCUACUGUUGAACAAGAGGAAACGAGUUCUGAGGGAAUGGAUUCUUUGUUUUCAGAGCUAGCAGGUGCUAUACCUGGAAUUGACGAGGCAAUGAGCUUUGCUGAGAUGUUGAAAUUGGUGCAAACAAUGGAUUAUUCUGUUAUAGUAUUUGAUACUGCACCCACCGGCCAUACACUCAGACUUUUGCAGUUCCCAGCAGUUUUGGAGAAGGGUAUUGCAAAAGUAUUGUCCUUGAAAAGUAAAUUUGGCGGUUUGAUUAAUCAGAUGACCCGUAUGUUUGGUGUGGAGGAUGACUUUGGUGAUGAUGCGCUUCUUGUGAGGCUUGAAGGCAUGAAGGAGGUGAUUGAACAAGUUAAUAAGCAGUUCAAGGAUCCGGACAUGACAACUUUUGUCUGUGUUUGCAUUCCGGAGUUCCUCUCUCUGUAUGAAACAGAGAGAUUGGUUCAAGAACUCACAAAGUUUGAGAUUGACACACACAAUAUCAUAAUUAACCAAGUAAUCUUUGAUGAUGAAGAUAUUGAAUCCAAAUUACUUAAGGCAAGAAUGAAGAUGCAACAGAAGUACCUAGACCAGUUUUACAUGUUGUAUGACGACUUUAACAUCACAAAACUGCCACUGCUCCCAGAAGAGGUUACUGGGGUUGCGGCUCUGAAAUCAUUUUCUAGCCAUUUUUUAUCACCAUAUCAAUCAUUGGUCAGUAAAGAUGAAGUGGAACGAUUACGGCGUAGAAUUUCAGCACUAAAGCAGGAAUUAAGUGAAGCUGAGGCAGCAUUGGAGAGACUCAAAUAGUGAAAAGCAUUGAAGUUUCUCAUGACAUUCCAUUAUCAUCAGUUCUGCAAUUUCAAAGCCUCUUUUUUUCGCAUUCUUUUCAACCUUACAACCAGGCAAGGCAUGCCAAUAUAAAGCUAAUUCUCUUCUCUCUUUUUUCCCCCCCUUUUUCUUGUUAACUUCUGCAUAUUUUAGAUUGAGGCUAGCUUCAUUUUUUCACAUUAUUUAUUUAGCGUGCUUUCCAACUAAUUAUGUAUUGGUAUAUGCAUGAUAUACUUUAUUUUCUUCUGAUUCUUUCGUUAUAGAUUAGAAUUAAAAAAAUCCACAUGUCCAUCUUCUUGACACUGAACAUUAGAAACAGAACAUUUUU